AUGCUGGUUAUCGGCGUUAUGGUCGUCGAUGUUCCAGAAAGAUCACAGCAGGGAUGCCUAAAACUUCCAUGUGUGGGGGAAUCCUCGAAGGAAUCUAAAUCUUCUCGUAUCGUGCUUACACUUAAGUCAUACUUUAAUGGAAAAAGUGAGGUUUCAUUUACGGAAGGAGAGCGCAUUAACGUAGGUCUACAUCGACUAAAAGGAGAUGAUUAUAUCACUGGAAUAUAUUCAGCAGCAAGAGGUAUGAAUUUUCCAGUGUAUAAAGUUCCUCCCUACAAUGAAAUAUUCAGGAUGGUUGAUGGCGUACCAAGCCCAAUGACUCUUGACGAACAUCAGUCUCCCAUAGCCCUUCCUUUUGACCUCGCGCCUUUUAAAACUCUUAAAGCCAGAGUUACACUGCCACAACCACAGCAUUCGCAGCAUCCGCAGCCUCCUAUGCAAGCGAUGCCCAACCACCCGCCGCCUUCGCAGUCUCCUAUGUCAGGGAAUCCCAACCUAAUGUCGCAUCCACCGCCUCGUAUGUCAGGGAAUCCCAACCUAAUGUCGCAACCACCGCCUCGUAUGUCAGGGAAUCCCAACCUAAUGUCGCAUCCGCCGCCUCAUAUGUCAGGGAAUCCCAACCCACUGUCGCAAUCACAGUCUGGUAUGCCAGGGAAUCCCCACCUAAUGGGGCGUCCGCAGCCUGGUAUGCCAGGGAAUCCCCACCAAAUGGGGCGUCCGCAGCCUGAUAUGCCAGUGAAUCCCAACCUAAUGGGGCGUCCGCCGCAUUUCAUACCAGGGAGUCCCGACUCAAUGUCUUCGGACGGUUCUAUACUAGAGAGUCCCGACCUACAUCCGCAGAUGGGCUACCACCCUGGGAUGGGGGGGAAUGCACCAAAUCCGCAUGCAUACAACUACCCUCCUCAAGCAAAUAAUAAUUUCCACUAUGGUCAAGGUGACGAGUCGUGGAUCUUUGAGUAUGAUCCCGAGACAAAGAGGCAGUCUUCCGAAUGA